GAUGAGGAGGGAGCUUCCAUCUUCUCUCUGCUUCUUCAUCCUCUUUUUAAACCAAUUUAGACGUAGACUUGGAUGAGAUUCCGAACCUAAUCCAUGAUUAGCUAAAUGGCGUGAGAAAAGGAAGGGUCUAUAAUAGUUUUGAUGAUAUGGAUAUGCCGAGAAAAGUGUUAUUUUUUUUCUUUUUUGUUAUGUUGCAUUUUUGCUCUCUCACAGCAGGCGUUAUGCUGUCUUUCUCACGCGUUUGCAUUUGAGAUCUGAGGCUAAAAGCAACAAUUCUGUUUUUAUUUCUAAACGACUAUUAUGCCUACAUGCGAAUAGGUAGUCUAUUGCUGGAUAAUGGAAGCGCAUGACGGAAUUACGACUAUAUUCUGACACUUUUCCCGAUACGCAGUUGAACUAAAUAGAGUAGCCUACCCAUUAAUUUGAUUUUAACAUUACAUCCACCUACUCAUCAUCACAAAAUAAUCGCAACUGAUAUCCAGACCAUACGAUAUAAAUGUUAUUGUAAUCGUAAAAGAACCAUCGCUGCUAGUGUCAGUGACAUUUAAACAGGAUAUCCUUAGGUAUUCGCUUUCCAGUGAAUACAAUUUAUCAGUCUGAAACUGAGCAACUUCAUCGUUUUCUGUAGGAUGUCGCGCCGCAAGCAAGCUAAACCAAGAUCAUUGAAAGUAGAAGACAAUGUGACAGAGGAGCAGCACAGUCCUGGGCAGAGUGCCAUUCCGAGCGAUCCAGAGUGUGCUCUUGAGAGGACAUUGGAGGAUGGUGAGGCUGAGGCCGGGUCCAGGCGUUUGAGGAAGAGGCUUCUCUCUCCAGAGGAAGGCGAGGAGGGGGAGGAGGACGACGAGGAGGCCGCGCUGCACAGCUGCGACAGCUGCCGGCAGGUGUUCGAGUCGCUGAGCGAUCUCACCGAACACAAGAUUAAUCAAUGCCAGCUGACAGACAGUGUUGAUCUCGAGGAUGAUCCUUCCUGUUCUUGGCCUGCAUCAUCUCCAUCCAGUAAAGACCAGACUUCCCCCGGCCACUGUGAAGACUAUGAUUUUGGCGAGGAUGAAGGGGGCCCCGGCCUACCGUACCCGUGCCAGUUCUGCGACAAGUCCUUCAGCCGUCUGAGCUUCCUGAAGCGCCACGAGCAGAGCCACGGUGACAAGCUCCCCUUCAGCUGCACCUUCUGCAGCCGCCUGUUCAAGCACAAGCGCAGCCGCGACCGCCACGUCAAGCUGCACACCGGCGACAAAAAGUACCACUGUGGUGAGUGCGACUCGGCCUUCUCACGCAGCGACCACCUCAAGAUCCAUAUGAAGACCCACGCCUCCAACAAGCCCCACAAGUGCCCCGUGUGCCGCCGGGGCUUUCUCUCCUCCAGCUCCCUCCAUGGACACAUGCAGGUCCACGAGCGGGGCAAAGACAGUGGUGGGGGGGGGGCAGGCAGCGGCCUCUCCAGGGAGGAGUGGAAGCUGAAGGAGACGAGGAAGUGCAGCCGCUGCGAGGAGGGCUUUGAUGUCCCUGAGGAGUUGCAAAGGCACAUCACCGAGUGCCACCCCGAGUGCUCGCCGUCGGAGGACGGGGGCCUGUGUGGCGCCUUGCAGUGCAUCUACUGCCACGAGCCCUUCAGCGACGAGGGUGUCCUGCUGACCCACAUUGACCAGGCCCACAGCCGCGACCGCAAAGGUCACAACUGCGCCGUCUGCUCUGAGCACUUCCUCUCCGUGGAGGACCUCUAUGCCCACAUGGAUGUCCACCAGCUCCCCGAGUCCAGUAACCACAGCAACAGCCCAUCCCUGCUCACUGUGGGCUACACCUCUGUCUCCAGCACCACCCCGGACUCCAACCUCUCCGUCGACAGCUCCACCAUGGUGGAGGCCGCCCCGCCCGUACCCAAGACCCGUGGGAGGAGGAAGAGGGCCGCCCAGCACACCUCACACGACGUUGGGGGCCGCUCGUCCAAGCAGCCCAAGAUCUCCUACAGCUGUAUCUACUGCAACAAGCAGGUGUUCUCUAGCCUUGCCAUGCUUCAGAUACACCUGCGGACCAUGCACCUGGACAAACCCGAGCAGGCACACACGUGUCAGUUCUGCCUGGAGGUGCUGCCCUCCCUGUUCAACCUGAACGAGCACCUGAAGCAGGUGCACAAUGCCGAGGACCAUGCCACCCUGCUGGGCAGCCUGCCUGACACCCUGCUUCAGUGUAACUUCUGCACCGAGGUGCUAAGUGACCUCAACGCUCUUCAAGAACACAUCCGCUGCUCCCACGGCUUCCCCAGCCCCGUGGCUAAGGAGAGUAAUGCCUUCUUCUGUCCCCAGUGCUUCAUGGGGUUCCUGACUGAGGCCACGCUGGAGGAGCACGUCCGUCAGACCCACUGCGAUGGGGGCAGCCUGCGUUUUGACUCCCCCCUAGAGGUGACCCCCAAGGAGCCCAUCGUGGAGGUGUACUCCUGCUCCUACUGCACCAACUCACCCAUCUUCAACAGCGUUCUGAAGCUGAACAAGCAUAUCAAAGAAAACCACAAGAACAUUCCUCUGGCGCUGAACUACAUCAACAAUGGAAAGAAGUCUCUGCGUACCCUCAGCCCCUCCUCACCCAUAUCGAUUGAUCAAUCUUUCCUUCAUGGUUCCUCCUCUCGCGGCAAUCGUGGCACUAGUGAGUUCAUCUGCAACCAGUGUGGGGCCAAGUACACCAGCCUGGACCUGUUCCAGACACACCUGAAGACUCACCUGGAUGGGAUGCAGCCCCAGCUCACCUGCCCCCAGUGCAACAAGGACUUCCCCAACCAGGAGUCCCUGCUGAAGCAUGUGACGGUCCACUUUACCAUCACCUCCACCUACUAUAUCUGCGAGAGCUGCGACAAGCAGUUCACCUCGGUAGACGACCUGCAAAAACACCUGCUGGACAUGCACACGUUCGUGUUCUUCCGCUGCACCCUCUGCCAGGAAGUGUUUGACUCCAAGGUGUCCACCCAGCUCCACCUGGCCGUCAAGCACAGCAACGAGAAGAAGGUGUACCGCUGCACAUCCUGCAACUGGGACUUCAGGCACGAGGCUGACCUGCAGCUACAUGUCAAGCACAGCCACCUGGAGAACCAGGGCCGGGCCCACCGCUGCAUCUUCUGCGGGGAGUCAUUCGGCACGGAGGUGGAGCUGCAGUGCCACAUCACCACCCACAGCAAGAAGUAUAACUGCCGCUUCUGCAGCAAGGCCUUCCACGCCAUCGUACUUCUGGAAAAGCACCUGAGGGAGAAGCAUUGUGUGUUCGAGGGCAAGGCCCAGAACUGUGGCGCCAAUGGAUCCACCACCGGAGGAACGGACCACCACCCGGUGGCCAAGGAUGACGCAGAGCUACAGGGUCUCCUGACCAACAGCCAUGGUGCAGGGGCGGCAGGAUCAGGGGGCGUUUUGGAGUCCCCAAACAACCAUGAUGGGAGUGAGGAGGAAGUGGACACCGCUGACCCCUUGUUCGGGUGUGACAUCUGCGGGGCGUCGUACACCAUGGACUCCCUCCUCACCAACCACCAGCUCCGAGACCACAACAUCCGCCCGGGUGAGAGCGCCAUGGCGAAGAGGAAGUCGGACAUGAUCAAGGGCACCCACAAGUGUAACGUCUGCCAACGCACCUUCUUCUCAGAGGCAGGUCUGAGGGAACACAUGCAGACCCACCUGGGCCCCGUCAAGCACUACAUGUGUCCCAUCUGCGGAGAACGUUUCCCCUCGCUGCUCACGUUGACUGAGCACAAGGUCACCCACAGCAAGAGCCUAGACACGGGCAGCUGCCGCAUCUGCAAGAUGCCCCUGCAGAGUGAGGAGGACUUCAUGGAGCACUGCCAGAUGCACCCCGACCUGAGGAACUCCCUGACGGGCUUCCGCUGUGUGGUAUGCAUGCAGACCGUCACCUCUACCCUGGAGCUCAAGAUCCACGGCACCUUCCACAUGCAGAAGACCGGCACCAUGUCCACCAACCACCCCAUCGGCCGCACCACCAAUCUGGCCUCCCACCACCACAACCAGCAUCACCACCAACAACACCACCAGGCCAACCAGAAACUCUUCAAGUGCGCCUCGUGCCUGAAGGAGUUCCGCUCCAAAUCUGACCUGGUGAAGCUGGACAUCAACGGGCUGCCGUACGGGCUGUGUGCCGCGUGUGUCAGCGCCGCCGGCUCAAAGAGCUCCAGCCCCACGGUUAUGAACGGAGGCAGGCAGCAGCAGCAGGGAGGGGGAGGGGCUACGACCCCAGCCAUGCCUGUAACAGCAUGGACCGCUCAGACGGAGAGACUCAGCCCCAGAGAGGGGAAAGGCAAGCCACCCCAUUCAUCCUCAUCGCCCUCCUCCUCUAUCUCCUCGACCGCCGCCAAGACGCGGUGCACCAGCUGCAAUGUGAAGUUUGAGUCGGAGGCUGAGCUGCAGAACCACGUCCAGAAGGUGCACAGGGAGCAGGGAGGGGACAGCAACAGCGGGCAGCUCAGGACCCCACAAGUCUCCCCCAUGCCCAGGGCCAGCCCCUCACAGACUGAGGAGAAGACCUACCAGUGCAUCAAGUGUCAGAUGGUCUUCUACAGCGAAUGGGACAUCCAGGUCCACGUGGCCAACCACAUGCUAGAAGAGGGUCUGAACCAUGAGUGUAAGCUCUGCAGUCAGUCUUUCGACUCGCCAGCCAAACUCCAAUGCCACCUGAUCGAGCACAGCUUUGAGGGCAUGGGCGGCACCUUCAAGUGUCCUGUCUGCUUCACAGUAUUUGUCCAGGCCAGUAAGCUCCAGCAGCACAUCUUCUCAGCCCAUGGCCAGGAGGAUAAGAUAUAUGACUGCUCCCAGUGCCCACAGAAGUUCUUCUUCCAGACAGAGCUACAGAACCACAUGUUGACUCAGCACAGCAGUUAACCAGGCAGAUCAUCAGUGGACCUAAGGAGGAGAGGAGAACCAUACGGCGAGGAGGAGAAUCAUGUCUGACACGGUCGGUCCUCCAACCACCUUCAGUGCAAUAUCCCACUGGCUCUUUUGCACUGAACUUUGGAUUCAGUUCACACCGGGAAGAACCAUGACACACACACAAAAAUUAAAGGACGGAUGAAAGACAGAGGGGUGAAAAAAGGACAGAAGAACUUAGCUCUGGUCUUUGUCUGGUUGUUAUUUCAACAAAACUGGCCAACUAUCUUUGUAAAUAGAAAUUGUUCAUGUGUUGCUUAAUAACUUCAGCUAUAUUGCAGUCGUAUACAGUAUUUGCCAAUGUACAGUUCUGAACCGUUUGUCCCCAAAAAAAGAAAUAGAAAAAAAUGACAAUGCAACUGUCAGAAGAGGUAGAAUUCGUCAACAUUGUGUUGGAGAAACAGGGUGCCAAUGUGGGGUAUUAUUAUGUAGGGAACAGGAAGUUGUGGUAUGGUCAGUCAGGACCCUUUUCAUCAGCGCACAUUUCCUGUAUGUGGAAACUAUCCUGACCUGGUCACUCAUUCCAGAAGCGGGUAGCAGGGUGCUCGAUCACCAGCAGAGCCUGACAUUGUGACAUCACGGGUAUCAUUCCAACAUGGCUGUCCUUCUAGAAGACCAGCUGAGGACUGAAUGGUGCAUUUAAUCUGCCUGCGCAAGUUCAAAUGAGAGGAAGAGAAAAAAAGAGAGAAAAACAGGAUAGGGUUCUGAUAUAUGCAAAAGCAGUGACACAGAUUUGGAAAGGACAGCUAGCUCCUCUGGUUGGCACGGGAACAGAGGCAUCGUGAACCCCCCUGUGUCUCCUAGAGAAUCAUGGGGGGGGGGAUCUCCAGCCCACUGAUUUAAACCUGUACAUUUCUGUUAUUAAUGUUUACUGCUCGUUCAAGCCUGGAGAUUACUGGAAAACAUUUUCUCGUUUUUGUUAGCUCUUUGUAUUUUAGAUUUUUUUGCAAUGGGGAAUACAUCCAUUUUGAUUUGGGGUCGUUGUGGCGACUGUACAUGUAUUAAGUCUCUCUGGGGGAUAUGCUUAUGAAACUUAUGUCCUGGGCUCUCCUGAAGAGUUCCCAACUUAUCCCCUUCCUUCCUCGUUUCCUGCGGUAUCCCAUUGCUCUGCUCUCUGCUCAAGCUGGAAGCCAUUGUAGCGUAAUUAUACACCAAUAUAAAUCAUGCUGUUACAGAUGUAGGAUCUUAAUUUGACCGGUUUCACAGCAGGAAAAUAAUUCUGCAGCAACAGGAAAUGUGAAUUAUUGUAUGGAUUAUAAUAAAUUGACAUUUUUGUAGGGGUUGAUACAUUUGUUUGCUAGGAAAAAUCUAGUCAAAAUCAAGUCAAAUCAAGACAAACUUUAGAAGCCUUUUUUAACCUCGAGUACAUUACACGUUUUCAUUUCCUGCUGUGCAGGAAAUUUCCUGCAACAACAGGGUGAUUAAAUUAAGAUCCCACAUCUAUAUGUAAAUGUUUUUGCAUUCAUUGAACCUGAGAUGCACUUUUGUAUGAAACUUUAAUGUUUUGACCUUUUGAUUGAGAAUUGUUCAUACUCAGUUUACAGGAAAUUAACCACCAUCUCCUGCUGCAGCAAAAGGACAGUUCUCUUCUCUGAUGUUAUUCAAAUGUUAUUGUACAAAUAUGGAGUUCUGUAUUUGGCAGAACUCAUUUUUUUGUGUUGCACAUGUGAUUAAAAUAUUAAAAAUGUAUGAGAAAA